UGUAGAUAAGGGGCUUUGUCACAGUGUGUAGGCUAUGUGUGAUUGUCUCAGGGUGUCCUCACUCACUCACCGAUGUAUGCCACACUAAUUCCCUCCUUGGCCGAUGCACGUCUGUGAGUGAGGCUUAAGCCCAGGAUUAGACCGCCUGACGGCACAGCCAAGACUCUCCUCCUCUCACAGCAACAGCUCCUGCACCACGACUCCAGCCAGAGAAGAAUGGGAAGAAAACAAACAUCCUGAUUUUUGGGUCUGUCACGUCAAGACACCAGAGACAAAAUGCCAAGUGUCAAACACAAGAAAAAGAAAAUCAAGAAGGAGAUCAAUGAAGUUGAGGAACCGGAAGCAGGGCCUGAGGCAGCUAUAGAAAUGGAGGGUCUGGAGAGCCGCAGACAGUCUGAAAGCAGAGAGCCGCUGACCCCUGAGCCUCAGGACAAUCCACCACAGAAGAAGAAGAAGAAAAAGAAGGCACAUGCUUUGGAUCCUGAGGGUGAACAGCAAGACCAUCCAAAUGGAGAUGUUCAAGAGCCCCAUACAGAUGCUGAGGAAGUCACCAAAAAAAGCAAGAGAAAAAGGAAGGCUAAGUUGAUGGAAAACCAGACUCAUAACGAGCUAGGUGUGGAGGAAGAUGACAUCAUCACUGAUGUGCACGCACCGAUAUCUCAGCGCUCCCUAUUCUCCGCCCCUCUGGGUCACAGUCAUCCUAUCGGAAAAGUGUUUGUCGAAAAGAACCGCCGCUUCCAGGCGACUGAUCGUUUGGACCAUCUGGAGGAGUACAUGGAGGUCAGACCCAUAUGGAAUACUCGAGAUGUCGCCAUGAGGGUCCACAGCGGCUUCAGGAUCAUUGGACUCUUCUCUCAUGGAUUUCUGGCUGGAUAUGCAGUGUGGAAUAUCAUUGUUGUGUAUGUGUUAGCUGGAGAGCAGAUGACCACACUACCCAACCUUCUCCAGCAGUACCACAGUCUGGCUUACCCAGCACAGUCUCUGCUCUACCUCCUGCUGGCCAUCAGCACCGUGUCUGCCUUCGACAGGGUGAAUCUGGCCAAAGCCUCUAUGGCUCUACGAGGAUUUCUUACUCUUGAUCCAGCGGCUCUUGCUUCCUUCUUAUACUUUGCUGCUCUCAUUUUGUCUCUGAGCCAGCAGAUGACCAGUGAUCGUAUACAUCUCUACCCCACGGCCAAUGAAACACUUUGGCCCCCAGGUUCAGAGCAUCAGAUUCUACAGCCCUGGAUCGUGGUAAACCUGGUCGUAGCUCUUCUGGUUGGACUGGCCUGGGUGUUUGUUGCUACACGACCAGACAUGGACUACACUGAAGAGUUUUUAAUGGCAAUGGAGGUGGAGGAGUAUCCACGUCAUGAUGACAAAACUGAGCUGGCAGCCUGAGACACUGAUACAUGACUUUCUUUAUCAAUGAUCAGAAAUUAACAAUGAAUAGUGUUUUGUGUUAACUGUUUUGGCCAUACUUUAUUGUUGAGUUUGUUAUAUAGAUAAUAACUGUGUAAACAUAAAUAAAAAUUUUUUUUUAA